UGGAGAUCACCGGUCCGACAGCACAUGGAUCCCCGGUGAAAAGAGCCAGAACUCCGGCCAAGGGGUGUGUGAUGGCGCUGUGCUCUGACGCCUCGGGUGGAGAAUCCUCUGGGAGUGAGGCCAGUUCUAGCUGUCUUCAGUUUGGUGUUCGUUCCUAUCUGCAUCACUUCUAUGAGGAGUGUUCUUCCAUGUGGGACAAAAACCCAGAAGACGAGGGGGUCGUUCAGAGCCAGAGGAAGAACCUGAGGUGGAGCGCAGCAGUUCUGAAGGUGUCCAUGGCCUUCAGUUUCCUCCUCCUGACUGCAGGCAUCACUUCUCUGUCUGUCGGUUAUUCAACUCCCCAUAAAAUGGAGUCAUUCGGAGAGGGAGACUUGUUCUUCGUGGACAAACAGGCGGUCAGUUUCAACAAAAGCCUGAAUAUCAGCUCCACGGCAGGGAUAUGGCUCACCUGUCUGGGUUCAGCUCUGUUAGUGAUGGGGGUUUUCGUUUGGAUCCUCCAGAGGAAAGCUAACCUGAAGGAGAAGCUUUUCUAUAAACAGGGGGAACGAAGAGGGGAUUUGGGGUCUAAAUGGAGGGGAUUUAGAGACCUGGACGUGGUCACUAAUCCAACAGGUGUUGAAAAAGGGAAGAUACCCGUCACAUUGUCAAAAGUGGAAAAGGUGCAGUCCACUUCUUUAUAAAAAUACAGUGAUGUCCACCUUAACACCUAAAAAGAGAUAAAGUGACUGAUGGGUAAAACCUCAGUUGACCAAAGUGCUGUACAGGGAGCACAUACAAUAUAGAAUAACACAAUACUAAUACUUUUAAAUACUAUAGUAC